AUGAUGGUGGGAAGACCUCCCGAUGACUCGGGGGUGCCGCCGGGCCAAGACUAUGCUAGGAAGCUCCAGGACCACUUGGAGUCAGCGCAUGAGUUCGCCAGAGACAAGCUGCAGUGUGCGGGAGCAAAACAGAAGCGGAACUAUGACGUGCAUGCCAGAGGGGGCAUGGUCCUGGAGAGACUGGGUGAAUUGGUAUACAGGGUCCAGCUGCCUCCAAGAGGCAGGAAAGUUGCCCUACACCGAGACAGGCUGGCCCCCUAUCGGGCAAUGGCCCCACAAUGGGCUCAUCCAGAGAAAAUGGCGACAAAGCUUCAUGCUGUCCCGGCCAGUAAGACGGUGAAGUUUCGAUGCCAGGCCAGCGGCAACCCACCUCCCACUCUGAAAUGGUACAAGAAUGGCAAGGAGUUCAAGAGAGAGCAUCGCAACGGAGGCUUCAAGGUCCGUGACCAUGUGUGGACCCUCAUCAUGGUAUCUGUAGUACCCUCUGACAAGGGAAACUAUACCUGUGUGGUAGAAAAUCAGUACGGCAGCAUCAAUCACACCUACCAGCUCGACGUAGUCGAGCGCUCUCCCCACAGGCCAAUCCUGCAGGCUGGCCUGCCAGCGAAUCGCACCGCAGUGGUGGGCAGCGACGUGGAGUUUGAGUGCAAGGUGUUCAGCGACCCUCAGCCUCAUAUCCAGUGGCUGAAGCACAUUGAGCUCGACGGGAGCCGAGUUGGUCCAGAUGGUUUACCGUAUGUCCGUGUCCUCAAGACCGCUGGCCUUAACACCACGGACAAGGAAAUGGAAGUCCUCCAACUGAGAAAUGUGUCUUUUGAUGACGCUGGGGAGUACACCUGCUUGGCGGGCAAUUCUAUCGGGUUCUCUCAUCACUCUGCAUGGUUGACCGUUUUUGAAGUUACAGAUUCAGCAUGUGACCCAUCAGACAAUAAUCUGGUCCUGGUAAUUGUUGUGAUCUGUGUUGCGCUGCUGCUUGGCAUCAUCAUGUGCUUCCUCAUAUGGAUCAUCAUUAAGACCAAAACCACCAAAAAGGAAACCGAGGAGCGUCCCCACCAAUCAUGUUUAUGAGGACAAUCAGACGCUAAAGAUGUCAGCCC